ACCCAUCUCGCACAGGUAUCAGAUAUUCGAUAACGAGUUAUUUUUGUUUUACGUUUCUUUUGCCUCAAUUUUUCGCAGUGAGCAGAGCAGUUUGUGUCAAAAGACCCGUGCGGUUAGUUUUGCGUCAAAAGAAAGCACCGUCACAGUCUGAGAAUAAACAUCUUUCACGAGAAACGAAAAUGAAGCGCUUUGUUGUGUUUGCCGCCCUGGUUGGGCUCUCGAUGGCUCAGUUUCCCAACGGAAGGAUACUGGAAGCACCCAAUCCGCAACUCUGCGCCAACCGCAUUAUCCACGAACGUGCUCCGGAUGGCAAGGGCUAUUUCUUCUCGUGGCGAGAUCCCACCCUGCAAGGUGCCGAGAAGGACUGGCUAGACGCAAGAAAUUUCUGCCGCCAGCGGUGCAUGGACAGCGUUUCCGUCGAAACAAGCCCCGAAAACGAAUGGAUCAAGCAGAAGAUCGUCGAUGGCAAGCAAAAAUACAUCUGGACUAGCGGUCGGCAGUGCGACUUCAAGGGCUGUGACCGUCCCGAUCUGCAACCGGUCUCCGUGAAUGGGUGGUUCUGGACCGCCGAACUUCAGAAACUGGCUCCAGCCAACGUGCGCAACCAGAACGAUUGGUCUGAGAAUGGUGGAAUCGGAAAACCCCAACCGGACAACCGUGAACUGCUGCAGGGAGGUGCCCCCGAGAACUGUUUGGCCAUCCUGAACAACUUCUACAACGACGGUGUGCACUGGCACGAUGUCGCCUGUCACCACGUGAAACCGUGGGUAUGCGAGGAAAGCGAUGCCCUGCUGAAGUACGUCAAGUACACGAAUCCAAAUCUGCGCAUUUGAACGCGCUUCGAGCUGAGUCGACUGAACGACUCGGGCCUUUCGCGCACGCUUUUCAGUUAUUCUUGAAACAUUUUCUUUGCAUCGAUGAUCUGUUUUAAUUUCUCAAAACUGAUAGUAUUCCGCGUGACCGGUCGAAAUUGAUACAAAUUCUUAUCAAUUAUGUUAGUAUUAGAAUGAGUAGGAAAUAAAGACUUUACUUUUCUUUGACACAGAGAAGCACAUUUGACUGCCUGAUAAGGAUGGAAGAAUAUCGUGUAAUGUUUGUCAGUAGUGUAGUUACAACAUGUAAGGAAUUUUUGUAUUUAUGUACUAAAUAAAAGCGAAAAUAAUUGAAA